AUGAAUUCAUACGCUGCAAGACUCGCCUCAUUCACGUCAUGGCCACAUGUGUGUCCAAGUGCCUCUACCGUAGCCCGUGCUGGCUUUCGCCGAGAAUACGACCCUACUUUUCCGUCCCCUGAUCUCACUAGAAAGAAGCACCGGAAUCAGAAGACUCGCCAGCAAUAUACCAGAAGGUCUUUACAAAUCACUCAGCCAGCCACUCAGUCAAUCACUCAGCCAGCCACUCAGCCAGCUCACCAAUCCACUCAGUUAGCCACUCAGCCAGAGCACUCAGUUAAGCAAGAGGAGGAACUACAACAGGCAAAUGCGGAGAAUACGGCGGAGAAAGCAAGCGGCAGCAAGGCCAUCAGCACCAAGAACACGGCUCACUUCUCUAUGAUCCCACGUCAGGUCGCCACUCAGCAAGCGGAGAAUGACACUGCAAUUUGGCCUAUCAUCCCCACUGUAUCAGUGUGGUACAUCACUGCAAUGAGCACACAAGAGAAGGAUCUACUGCGUCGAUCACAGCCAAUUGGACCUCUGCAGGCAAGGAUCACCUAUCGGACGAUGCAUAUUUGGACGAAUUGA